AUGCUUAACGUUGCUAGAUCAGCCAUGUCAAAGUCUACGUCCGGUGCCCCUGCGGCCGCUCUCCGCCAUGCCAAAAUCACGCCUCACAAGUCUUCCUCCCGCGGUCAUGCGGAUCAUGGCUGGCUCAACACCUACCACUCCUUCUCGUUCGCGAACUGGUACGACCCGCGAUACAUGCACUUCGGCUCGCUUCGUGUUCUGAAUGAGGACCGCGUCAAGCCAAACUCGGGCUUUCCUACUCACCCCCACUCCAACUUUGAGAUCUUCAGCUAUAUCCUGUCCGGCGAGCUCACCCACCGCGACAGCAUGCUGCGCAAGGGCCACGAGGGCAACGCCGGGGCCGACAAGUUCUACAGGAUGCACCGGGGCGAUGUCCAGUUCACGACGGGCGGCACUGGCAUCUCGCACUCCGAGUUCAACGAGCACAAUUCUGAUACCGUCCACUUCCUACAAAUCUGGGCGCUGCCGUGGAAGAAGGGCCUCUCGCCCCGCUAUCACACGAGACACUUUGACGACGAGGACAAGCGCAAGGGAUUCGUCACGAUCCUCAGCCCGCUCAAGGCUGGUCCGGAAGCGACAGCUGCCGAGGAGAAAGAGGCCGUGCCGGCCGUCGACGGCACGAUACCGAUCCACGCAGACUUUGCCAUGGGCGCGGGUCUCAUAGUACCCGAGCAGACUUUUACCUGGAAGGUUGGCUCGCAGGGCACACAGGCCACCAAGCGCAAGGUAUACGUCCAUGUGCCCAUGACGAAGGGCGGCAAGGCCAAGGUCCGUCUGGACGGAAGGGAUGACGCGGUUCUAGAGGAGGGCGACGGCGCGUUUGUCGAUGGGGUGAACGCCGGUGACAAACUCAAUUUCGAGAGCAUCGGCACUGCCGAGGCCGAGGUCGUCGUCUUGGAUACGGAGUAG